ACUUUUUGAAAAUUGGGGAAACAAUUGAAUUGAAGAUUAGUUUUAAGGACGAAAUCAUACAUCGAUUCAGAAGUUCAGGAUCAUUUCGGAAAUUUCCCUAGUCGUAGGUCAAAUCAAAUUGUUCAAAUCCGUUAAAACCCCUCUCUGGUGUUUACGAAAGCCCGAAUUUCACAAAGAACCACCGUCAUGGCAGGGACGUGGCUACUCCGGCGAGUCGGCCACCGCUCUCGGCAGCUGUCCCCCUCCUCCGACGAAGUCCAGACACUGUGCUCAGCUUUUUACCGGUUCCAGUGUCACUACCUCACCACCGUAAGUGAAGCACAAGUCUGUAAGAGGAAUGAAAAUGAGAAAGGCAAGUGGUUAACUCUACCACUCUUCACUGCCACCGUCAACGGUGCUACUUUAGGGAGGGAGCUCGCCGGAGUUAAAAUGGAUGUCAAGGAGAAUUCAACCAACACCAUGACAGCACUCAAAUGGGUUCAGCGUUGCUGCCCUGAGUUGCCGAAGUCCCUAGUGCAAAAGCUUUUUCGCUUAAGACAGGUUCGAAGAGACUCUUCUAAUUUUGAAGAACAGCGGCCCAAGAGGGUUUCUGCGAAGGAAUCAAUGAAUGUUGGAGAUCGAAUAUUUCUUCCGAGAACUGUUCAGAAGUUUCCCUCCGAGAAAGUAGUUGAUUACCCUUCUAGUGAAGAAGAAAGGAAGUUUGUGCAUAGCCUCGAAUUGUAUAAGGAUCCAGAAAUUAUUGUGGUCAAUAAACCUCCAGGAAUGCCAGUUCAGGGUGGAAUUGGCAUAAAACGGAGUUUAGAUGAACUUGCUGCUAAGUAUAUGAGACAUGAGUACUCUGAGGCCCCUCGCCUGGUACACAGACUGGAUAGAGACUGCAGUGGACUAUUGGUGAUGGGAAGAACACAAUUAAGUGCUUCAGCUCUGCAUUCGAUCUUCCGUGAGAAAACAUUUGACUCGCAAAAUGAGGAUCUUGAAAGCAAGAAAAGAAUUUUGCAGAAGAAGUACUGGGCACUUGUCAUAGGAUGUCCGAGACGCUCCGGAGGGAUAAUAUCAGCACCACUAGGAAAGCUGGUGUUAGACAACGGGAAAUCUGAGCGCAUCACAAUUAUGUCUGAUGUCAGAGCACCAUCGGCACAGUAUGCUGUAACAGAGUAUCGCAUCAUUGGAUGCUCCGAGAAAGGCUACACAUGGCUAGAGUUGUCUCCACUUACCGGCAGAAAGCACCAGUUGCGCGUUCAUUGUGCUGAGGCAUUAGGAACUCCAAUAGUUGGAGAUUACAAGUAUGGUUGGCAAGCUCAUAGAAAGCUGAAACAUCUGCCUUUGCCCACUUCAGCGUGGAACCCAGGUGUGCAAAUUCCCUGGCAAAACCCAGAUCCUUUCAACCUUCGUUUAGGGAAUGGAAGUAUUUCAGACAAGCAGCCUCAUCUUCAUCUUCACUGUAAGGAGAUGGUUUUGCCCAAUAUUUCUCUAGCUUUGCAACAAGCUCAAGUAGUUUCAGAUGCUGAUCUCGUAGAUGUUGAAAGUAUCAAGCUGGUUGCUCCUUUACCCUUCCACAUGCAAAAAAGCUGGGAUUGCUUGAGUUCUUGAUUUAUCUUAGAAUGAUGUUUUCUACUGAGCACAAGUGCACAACAGAACUGGAGUGAGGAUACUAACUGGUGAACAUAUGGCUAUAUUAUUACCUCUUCCCGAGAGAAAUUGGUAAGGGGUGAUGUUUCCUUGGUGAACUUUCAUUCUCCUCAAGGAUUUACUUCUGACAAAGUGUAAAAAUCUUAAAGCCAUUAUUCACGAAUAUGAUGCACUUGUAGUUAACAAGCUCAUCUCGCCGAUUGACUUUCUACUGUGGAGAGUGAGAUCGUACUUCAUUACGCUGAAAGUUGGCAGAAUCUUGAUUGGAGCUGGUGCUGUAAAUGUUCCCUGGCAAUUUCUAGGCAAUUUUUUUCGAGUUUUAAGUUCUAAAACAUGUGGUUUUAUAUUGAUAGCAAUACUUUCGAAAACCAGUUGGUCAAAAGCUUGUGUAUGGUUGGGCCAGCUUGAACUCGACCCUUGACCUGAAAUCAAUUCAGGUCCAAGUUUACUACUAGACUGAAUGGGCUAGGCAUUAGUCCUUGGGCUAGAACCAGGACUCAGCCCAUUAACCAGGUCAGAUCACCCCACCAGAAUAGCUUAAUGUUCCCAACUUAUACGACUUCUUUUUCUUAUUUGGGUUGAAAAUAUCAAAAGACCAAGCUGUCAACUUCAUUUGAUGGAGAUUCAUGGAAAUGAUAACACUAAAUUUCUGUAUUAUUGUUUUUCCACCC